GACCACUGCUCUGAUAUAUCUCACACAUCCCGCUGUUAAAUUAGUGAAGGAGGACACAAGCUAUACUCUUUGCAAGCAGUAUUUCUUUGUAGUUUAUUUAUGGCGGAGGCAGCUUCCUGUUUGACUAGAUGAUCUUCUGAUGGAACCCCCUUCGUAUGAGGAGUCCCGUCUCCACCCUCCUGCUCUGAGCGCACAAGUAUUCAACAUACCUCCUCCCCCCUCCUACGACGCCUCCCUCUCCUCCCCCUCAACACCUCCUCCCACCUAUGGGGAAGCAAUUACAAACCAGCCAGAUCCUUUUCCUGUCCUGACUCCGCCCCGGGUGCCAACUGCUGCUCAUCCACAAAACACUGGACUCAUAAUCCAUCCACCUAUACAAGUUGGCGUAACGCCGUCUGUCAGUAGCAGACAAACUCAGCCAGUAGUCGUUGUGACGCAGCCGCAGCCUGUUCCUAUCACAGUGACAUAUCUGAGAGACGCCCCUGGUUUGGUACGCUGCCCACACUGCCACCACAUUGUCACCACUAAAGUCACAUACCUGCCUGGGAGGGCUGCCUGGUGCAUGUGUUUCCUUCUCACAGUGAUGGGGUUGAUCUGUGGCUGCUGUCUGAUUCCGUUCAUGGUACAUGGCCUACAAGAUGCACAUCAUUCCUGCCCCCAGUGUGGAGAACAUCUGCACACAUACACAAGAUGACACUGUCAGGAUUAAUAAGGCUCCUCUUGUCCUCAGUCCACCCAAAAUCUCAUAGCACCUGUAACACAUUUUUGUCACAAUAUGGAUACAUAAGCUGGUUGUCAUAAGCUAGAAAUGUAAAUAGCUCACUGCUCACAUGCUACAUCUCAGGCAUAUACUGAACAUAGAGAUGGACAGAGGAGGAGCAGGAACUUUUUGAGAAGGUUCUACAGAUGUUUUCAUACAAUAUUCACUUUAAAAAUAGAGUUGGAAUCUGCAGGAACUCAAACUCAACUCUGAUUUUUACAAUAUAGGACAAAAAUCUAAUGUUUUAAUGUAUUUUUUGUGAUUCCAAAAAGAUUUACUGUUCAAUUUUUAAUAUGAUCUUUCUCAUCAUAUUCCAUCUCUGACAAUUCAGAUGGUAGGGUUGAGAUGUUUUACACAUUUUUGAACACUUUAAGGCACUGGUUCACUAACUAUGGUAUGUAUACCACUGGUGUUAUGUGGAGAAAUAUUUUUUAAGAAAUUACGUUUAUUUUAAUACUAUCACAAAUACUACAAAAUGUUUAAUGAACACAUGGAGAUAGCUGAAAUAAUAAUAAUUUACAAUAAGUUUUGUAUUUCCUGUAAUAUUUUGUUUCAAUAUCAACCUGCUAUGUAGUCACGUUACUGCACAUAGCGCACGCAUACAUCCAUGAUUAGUUACGAGCUAACGUGUGAUGGCACGAUAGUAAGCAGAAGUAAAAUGAACACUGAGAAACACUGAAUUAAGGCAUUCUUAACAAGCGCACAAGCAUUUCUAUUACGCAGAAGAAAACUAGGCAAAAACACGUUUUGCACUUUGACCUUUUGUAAGAAUGUAUAGUUCAGAUUUUAAUUAAAGUGAUGAGGAGGAAGAGAAUCCGUCCCCGCGUUGGCAUAUGACAGGAUGCUUUAUAACAUUACAGACAAAAGACUAAACAGAGGAGAACAGACGACAUUUAUGGAGAACAAGAUGAUGACUGGGGGACAAUUAAUAGUUUUGUUUUUCAUAAAUCUGACAAUUUUAUUUUCUCUAUUUAAAUACCAAAAGAACAAAUAUUUGUUAUUUCUCUUUUUCUAAUGCAGAUACAGCAUUCAUGUUUACUAUGAUGAUGAAGGGAGCAGCUUGUCAAGGCUCAAAUGCCAGACAUGAUUUUCUUUGUUAGAGCGAACAAAGCCUGUUGGAAAACACAUUGACAGUGACAUGCUGCAUGCUAUUUUUCUGCAUAAUUCUUUGUUUAAAGGCCCUGCACAUCCGAGGUAGACCCACACAGGUGACUUUAAUCAUUGUGACGGAUUAGACCUUUUCUCAGGACUGUGUGGGCGUGUAAAGACUGUUCUGCUUACAUCACUCUGCUGUUAGCUUUGUUGCACCUGUAACGUCUUUAUCACCGUACAUGUAAGUUAUAGGUGACCUGAUGUAAUUCCAGUUUAUAGCUCUGCUCACCUUCAGCAUGAGCACAUGAACACCUGUGUGGAUGUCCAAGGCCUUUAAAGUACAAUCGGGGAUCCAAAUAUUACUAAUAAUAUACAGGAUUGGAACCUGUUACCAGACAUUUUAAUACAAACAGGUACAAAAGACAAUGACUACAUUUAAAAUAAUAAUGUUUUUGGUAAAGUUUACUCAUCCUGAAGUCACACAGGUUUAUAACAUGAAUUGUGAUUAGUUUAUAUAGUGUACACUUAAUAAUGUAAACUUAAUACAGAUUGUGUCUUUAAAUUAUUAAUUUUCAGUUGAUUAUAUAACAUAUCUAUUUUUAGAUUUAAUUCCAUGUCAUAAAUUUACCUUUGCAUUACUUACCCAAGGUAAAAUAACCACCAUAACUAAGUCACAGCAAAAUAAAUAUUUUUAAGUAGUUCAGGACUCAAAGUUCAAGGUUCAAGGUUACUUUAUUUGUACCCACAGGUAGAUUUGGUUUACGCAAACAUAUGAAGACAACAAACAACUCAGACAAUAGACAAACAUAAUACAAACAUGAUAAUGGAUAAAGAAAAAAAAGUUGCCCUUUUAACACAUUUGUAUGUUAAAGAAAAAGUUUGACAUUUGGGGAAAUACGUACUUUCUUGCUGAGAGUUAGAUGAUAAGUUUGAUACGCUCAUGUGUUUCUGUCCAUACAUGUGAAGCUACAGCUAGCUUAGCAUUGAUUUCCUGCGGUCGCCAUGUAGUUGCCAGGCAACUAGUGAAGAGUUUAUUUUGAAGAUAGUUACCCUAACUGCCUUUUGUGUUGGGCAUUUGUUAAUAAGUGAACGCAGAUACCAACAAAUAGUGUAGAAUCUCUUGUAUUACUGUAAAUAUAGAAUUUUCUUCAGAUGAUUGCGGCUUUGUCGCCACGUUUCCAACAGUUUAAUAAUUCUUGUGCAAUUCUUUCACAAAUAUACCGUCGCACUAUAAAGUACAACUCUGAGGCAUUUUUUCUGCUACAGUCUGAAUGAUGUGUCUUGACGAGACAAGGUUUUUGUACGAGAGGUAACCUACUUUAGAGAUGCUGGUAGGCAGACUUUGUCACCUUUGGACGGAGCCAGUAUGUGUGCGUUCCUUAGCUAUAAAGCUUCAAAUCCACCGGACAGAUGCUGUAAGAGGGCCCAGUGUCAAUCCUCUCAUCUAAACUCCUGCAAGAAAGCGAAUAAUCAUGUUUCUCGAGAUGUUGUACUAAUCCUUCAAGAUAUGUACUUGAUGUUUUCUGCUGUGGAUAUAGAAAACAGGGUGAAGGUUGUGGUUGAAGGAUAUGUUCAGUGCCUCUGCUACUGAGUCUAUGCACUUCAAUACAAUGACUGAUUAAUGCACCAGCUUUGGUGUGAUGCUUUGUAUACCUGCCAAGUUGGACUCAACUUCCUCUAUUUAAUCAAAAUGUUGUCAUGUUGUUAUUUAUCAUUCUAUCAUGUUGAUAGGGAAAUAAAAAUGGUGUUGGUUACUGUGAA